AUGGUCGCUCAAAUUAUCCCUGUACCGCUUCCCCAGGACGUCGACCCGGACUGGAAAGUGGACAUCAGUCCCCGCGUUGGUGGUCCUGGAAUUUCACUUAGCGCGUUGCAAGGGCAUCACCACAGCUCGAAUGUGUUCAAUGCCCCUCAGCUAGCAUAUAUUGGGGUUCGAAUGCGCUUCGCUCUUCAAGAUUUGCUCGGGGUUGCCUUCAUGACACAGUGUUGCACCUAUCUUCUGUCUAUUGAUGUGUGCCACCCUAUUAUCGACAACCAGAUGCCGUUCAUAGAGCAAAACAUUACUAUGAUGGGCCUGGGAGAACUUAUCAUACUCAUACUGGACCAGACGUUCAAGUGGCAUAGCGAAUUCCUUGGGGCGCAUUCUGCCCACCACUGGGACUCCACGAUGUGGCUCGAUGCUCCCGGUUGGGACCGCUUCAAAAAGCAUCCACGGCUUGACCAAAUCGUGAUCCUUUCCAUUCGCAGGACCAGACCGUCUCACGGUGAGAGGGUCAUCUACUUCCCUGAGAUCGGGGUCAUUCCCGAGCUCUGA